AUGGCGGUAGCCGACUUAUCAGGUCAGGCUGUGACGCUCUUCUGCUGCCUCUUGAGCCUCUAUGUCUUCAGGAUUAUCACGACAUAUGCUAAGUUGAUGCAGUUCCGGGGGCCCUCGGGGACCGGCAUUUCGAACUGGCCUCAUAGCAUGGCGAUGCUUCGAGGCAAUUGCCACGAGUGGUACGCAGAAGUCAACAAGAAACAUGGUCCGAUCGCCCGUGUCGCGCCUCAAGUGCUGGUCACGUCUUCUCCCGAAGUUUGGAUGCACGUAAACAACAAGCCUGGCUACAAACGCUCCAAUUGGUACUACAAAGCCGCACGAAUCGAGUACCGGAGGGACAAUGUCUUCAGUCAGACGGAUAACACGAAACACGAGCAGCGGAGGAAGCAGAUGGCUCCAGGG